AUGAGUCGGCAGAAAAUGAGUGAAAGUGACAUAGAGGAAAUGAGGAUUAAAGGACCCGACCACCCUACCACCCCGACCAACAAACCCUCCCGACAAACCAACAACCCUCAAACCCUACCACCCGACCAACCCUCAACCCCUACCACCCGACCCAACCAACCCUCAGACCCUCAAACCCUCCGACCGCACACGAUCAACCCCUACCACCCCUACCACCCCCACCAACCCUCAAAACCCUACCACCCCGACCCGACCAACCCUCACACCCUCAACCCCUACCACCCAACCAACCCUACCACCCCGACAAACCCAACCAACCACCCCAACCCCUACCACCCCACCACCCCGACCAACCCUCACACCCUCAACCCGACCCGACCAACCCUCACACCCUCAAACCCUACCACCCCGACCCGACCAACCCUCACACCCUCAACCCCUACCACCCCAACCAACCCUACCACCCCGACCAACCCAACCAACCAACAACCCCAACAACCCUACCACCCCGACCCGACCAACCCUCACACCCUCAAACCCAAACCACCCCAACCAACCCUACCACCCCGACCAACCCUCACACCCUCAACCCCGACAACCCUCAAACCCUACCACCCCGACCAACCCUCACACCCUCAACCCCGACCCUCAACCCCGACCAACCCUCAACCCCUCCGACCGCACCCGAUCAAAGCCACCCCGAGCUUUCCCGGAAUUUCUCUUAAUUCAUCCCGUAUCAAGCCCUCGCGCCCUGGCAAUCACAGCUGGCUUCGAUUGCGUCAUCCCUCCCGCCCUGACCUACCCCAAGAGAGGUCACAGAUGCCAAGACGGAUAAGUUAG